AUGGCCGCGAGAGGACCCGCUGUGCUCAAGUUUGUCGGCACCGUGUCGCUAGGCCUCCUGACGUUCAAUGCCGCCACCACCAUCCCUAGCCGUCAUCCGUCCGACCUGCCGGCAACAGCCGUGCUUGCCCACGUCGAUGGCAAUGGCCUAUCGUACACGCUGUCGACUCUCACGAUCCCGACGCUGCUGGGCCUGCCGUCGGCCAGCGCGGCCGUCGGCGCCUUCGACUCGCUUACCGCGUCCGCUAAGAAGCACCUGCACACGCUGACAACCGUCUCGGCGUCGGCCUUCACGCUCGCCUACCUGCUGUCGCCGCGCGCCGCCCGCCACCCAUACCUCAUCUACACGUCGAUCCUCGUGCUCGGUUCGCGCCUGGCCAUCUCCGACCUCGCGGCCCCAUACCUAUCUCUCGGCCCCGCGCCAGCCUCAUCAUCAUCCUCCUCAUCCGCCGCCGCCGCUGCCGCCGCCCGUAAGCAGAAGAAGAACCGCGCCGCUGCCGCUGCUGCUGCAGCCCGCGCGCGCAUGGAGGCUAGCUACGAGGUGCUGCACGCGGCCUCGGACGAGGCGGCCAGCGAGGAGGGCACCACGGGCUCGGACGACGCCGCGGAAGCAGACGACGAGACUCUUAACGGCGAGGAGGUGCGCGUCAAGGUCGAGGCCUUCCUCAAGAAGCAGAUGGUGCAGACGACGGUAGCCGGGCUGGCGUUCGCCAUGGCCGUCGUGGGCAUCUGGGGCGACGGCGUCGCGACGCUGUACAAGGAGGCGUUCAUCAUUGAGCUGUAG